GACACAAGAAUGAAUUCACUCGUGUUUAGCAGGGGUUCCUAGUGGACCAGGGCAGUAGAAAAUUGCAUUUAAGAGCUUCCAAACAAGAGAAGUUAUUGCAAAGCUGAUGAUAAUAGGAUCAUCUAACUGCCUGCUUUGCCAUUCUCAUCGCCCCCAUAAAAGCACGUCUUCUUCUUCUUCUUCUUCUUCUCUUGGCUUCAAGGGCAGGUUCUGAACUCAGUUUUUGCCAAAAAACUGUGCAUUAAGAAGAAACCCUUCACAGGAAAGCUCCCCCAGGAAUUAGGGUUGCGUGGGCAAUGGCCAAUACGGUACAAAACCAAGAAGGGGUGCCAGAAAAUCUAAGAAGGCAACUUGCCGUUGCUGUUAGGAGCGUGCAGUGGAGCUAUGCAAUUUUUUGGUCACUGUCAGCCAGACAAGAAGGGGUUCUGGAGUGGAGAGGUGGGUACUAUAAUGGAGACAUUAAGACAAGGAAGAUGGUCCAGGGCAUGGAACUUAAACCAGAUAGAAUGGGUUUGCAGAGGAGUGAGCAACUGAGAGAGCUUUAUGAGUGUCUCUUAGAGGGAGAACCGGAUCAACAAGCUAAGAAGGCUUCUGCUGCAUUAUCUCCAGAUGAUCUUACAGAUGUGGAGUGGUAUUACUUGGUUUGCAUGUCCUUUGUAUUCGAUCCAGGCCAAGGUUUGCCUGGAAGAUCAUUAGCAACUGGUCAACCCAUCUGGUUAUGUAAUGCUCACUCUGCUGACAGUAAAGUAUUUUCUCGCUCUCUUCUAGCAAAGAGUGCAUCGAUUCAGACUGUCAUCUGUUUCCCACAUUUUCGUGGUGUCAUUGAGCUAGGCGUGACUGAACUGGUACCGGAGGAUCCUAGUCUCAUUCAGCAUAUCAAGGUUUCUUUAUUAGAGUUUUCAAAGCCUAUUUGCUCUGAGAAAUCUUCUUCAGCUCCUUACAGUGGAGAUGAUGACAUGGACUGCAUGUACACGAAGUUCGACCAUGAAAUAGAAGAUACAACAGUAUUGGAUAAUUUCCAUUCCCCUAGAAAAGAUACCAGAUCUGAAGAGGAAAAAAUAAAUAAAUUCAAUGGAAAUAUUGAGGAUGAUCUCACUGUGAGUUCUCCAGAUGACUGUUCAAAUGGGUGUGAACACCAUCAUCAGACACAGGACUCCUUCCUGCAUGAAGGUAUUAAUGGUGGAUCCUCCCAAGUUCAGAGUCAGCAUUUCAGAGAUGACGAUUUCAGCAACUGCGAUCAAGAUUCCAUGAAUUCGAGUAACUGCAUAUCUCAACCGUUUAUGAACCAGGAAAAUAUUUUUUCUCCCACCAAAGGUGAUUAUAUGGAUAAAAUUCACUUGAAAGAACCUCAAGAAUGCAACUACAUGAAAUCCAGCUCCUUGGACCUGGCAACCCAUAGUGACUUGUAUUAUGCAAGAACACUCACUAAUAUUCUGAGAAAUUCUCAUUGGUUUCUUGAGAACUUGCGUUUUGGGAGCAAUGAUUACAAGUCCAGUUUUGUAAGUUGGAAAAAAGGAGAAAUUGCUAAAAGUCAUUGGCCAGAGGUACAACAGAAGAUGUUAAAGAAGAUUUUAUUUCUCAUCCCUUUAUUACAUGGUUCUUGCUCAUUUAAGUCCCAGAAAGUAAAUUACACAAAAGGUUGGCUCUUAAAACCAAUGAGUGGUGAGAUCUGCAUGCGACGUCCUUUCUCAUACGAGAGAACAGAGAAUGAAAAGUUUUUGGCUCUCAGGUCAAUGAUUCCUCCUAUUAGCAAGAUUGAUAAAGUAUCAGUCCUGGAUAACACAAUAGAAUACUUGAGACAGCUUGAGGCAAGACUGGAAGAACUGGAAUCUUUCAAUGACUUUGGUGAGCGUAAGACUGAAGCUACAAGAAAACACUCAGAUCUGGUAGAGCAGACAUGUGAAAACACUGAAGAUAGAAGGAUUGGUAAUGGAAAUAAUUGGUUCAACAAAAGGAAGGCUUGUGAUAUUGAUGAAACAGAUCCAGGGCUCAGCAGUGUUGUUCCAAAAGCCGGGCCACUUUUAGAUAUGAAAGUCAAGAUAAAAGAGCAGGAUGUUGUGAUUGAGCUGAGAUGUCAGUGGAGAGACUAUUUGUUGCUCGAUAUCAUUGACACCCUCAACAAUCUCAACCUAGAUGUUUUCUCAGUUCAAUCAUCCACCACCGAUGACGUUCUCAAUGUAACCCUUCAAGCUAAGUUUCGAGGAGCAGCAGUUGCAUCGGCAAGAAUGAUCAAACAAGCACUUUCAACCAUUGGUGGAAAAUGUUGAGAAUGGAGAAAAUACAGGUUCCCAACUACCAGUUCUUGAAUGCCCGAAAUCUUUGGGUUUUGCUUCUUAUUCUUGUAUAUUGUGUAAUCUUGACAAACAUUCCAUAUAUGCAGUCAUCUUGUCCAAACUAUCACUUGGCAGGUGACUUUGUCUUAGUGAUGGAGAACUAUAACUCUACAUUUAAUUGAUAAAUUAUCUGCUCUAUGUUUAAUUUAA